CCAGCACCCGGCCCAGCACCAGGCCCAGCACCAGGCCCAGCUCCAGGCCCAGCUCCAGGCCCAGCUCCAAGCCCAGCACCAGGCCCAGCUCCAGCCCAGCCCCAGGCGCUACCUCUCAGAAUCCCCAAUGGAGUUCAGCAGCAGAAGCUUGCACCGAAGCCUCAGUUCCUCCUCGCAGGGUCCCACUCUCAGCAUGAGCAGUUCCCUGUAUAGGAAGGGGACGGUGCAGCGCCUCCGGGGUGCACCCAGUGUUUAUGGGGGUGCUGGAGGCCAUGGCACCCGUAUCUCCACCUCCAGACAACUGACAAGCUAUGGGAGCGAUCUUAGCAGUGGGGGGGACCUACUGAUGGGCAGUGAGAAAAUGGCCAUGCAGAACCUAAAUGACCGGCUGGCAAGCUACCUGGAAAAAGUCCGGUCCCUGGAGCAGACCAACUCCAGACUUGAAAUGCAGAUCAAGCAGUGGUACGAAGCCAAUGCGCCUAGCACCACCCGGGACUACAGCACCUACUACAAACAAAUCCAAGACCUGCAAAAUCAGAUUAGGGAUGCUCAAUUGCAAAACGCUCGAUGUGUCCUGCAAAUUGAUAAUGCUAAACUGGCAGCAGAGGACUUCAGGCUGAAGUUUGAGACCGAGAGGGGGAUGCGGAUGACAGUGGAGGCCGAUCUCCAAGGCUUGAGUAAGGUCUUUGAUGAUCUGACUGUGCAGAAGACAGACUUGGAGUUUCAGAUCGAAGAGCUGAACAAAGACCUGGCUCUCCUCAAAAAAGAACAUCAGGAGGAAGUUGAUGUCCUACGCCGGCAGCUGGGCAACACAGUCAACGUGGAGGUGGACGCCGCUCCAGGCCUAAACCUCAGUGAAAUCAUGAAUGAGAUGAGGCAGAAAUAUGAAGUCUUAGCCCAGAAGAACCUUCAAGAAGCCAAGGAACAGUUUGAAAGACAGUCUGAAGCUUUGCAGCAACAAGUCACAGUAAAUACUGAAGAACUGAAAGUCACCGAGACUCAAGUGACAGAGUUGAGACGCACCUACCAGAACCUGGAGAUUGAGCUCCAGUCUCACCUCAGCAUGAAAGAGUCUCUGGAGCUCACCCUAGAGGAAACCAGAGCUCGCUACAGCAACCAGUUGGCCACCAUCCAGGGACUGCUGAGCUCCCUAGAAGCCCAACUGCUACAGAUCCGGGGCGACAUGGAACGCCAGAGCAAUGAGUAUGCGGUGCUCCUUGACAUAAAGACCCGGCUGGAGCAGGAGAUCGCUACCUACCGUCGCCUUCUGGAGGGAGAAGACAUACCAACUAUACAAUAUCAAUUAAGCAAUUUGGAAGAGAAAGAUAUAAAGAAGACCAGAAAGAUCAAAACUGUCGUGCAGGAAGUGGUGGACGGCAAGGUUGUGUCAUCUGAAGUGAAAGAGGUGGAAGAAAGUAUCUAAACGGCUAUCAGGAGCAGGUGCUGCUGGGGUUUUGAUAGAAAAUGGCCCUUACUUUUGCUACGUUCCAGAAGGCAGCCGUCAGAAAUCACUAUCAAUGUCUCUGGUCAUUAGAAAGAGAAAGAAGCCUAUCACUCUCUGUAAUGAGAGAGAAAUGUUUUACUCAGAGGAGCUGCAAACCUCAGCAUCAUUAUGGCCAUCUUUAUCUCACAGCACACCAAUUAUACACGAGUGAAUCUAAUUAGAGAUUAUACACAUCUUAAUCAUGCUCAGCCUCACAAAGCCUCUCCUAUGAAAAUUAAAAAUAAACCCCUCUGCAAUGGUUGUUCCUGUUUCUGAAUUGCUAAACCUCCGUGUGUGUGUGUGUGUGUGUGUGUGUGU